CAGUGCCAAGAAGGCUUUAAGCCCUGUGUGCUCUGACGAGAAUUGACUAAAUGGUCGAGACGCCAUGGGACGAUAGAGACGGUCAGAGAGAAGAAUUUGGGAAAAUGUCUCCUAAGGAUUGCGCGAGUCUUCUCUCUUCUCCUCGCUCCUCUGAUUCUUAACAAUUGGUUGAAACCAUUUCCUGGUCUCUACGUGACGAAGAUCAUUCAUUCAUCACGCUUCGCAUCGUCGCAUUGUGGGCUGUCAUUCGUUCCGAUCUAUCCCCAUAAUUAUUACAAUGGGAUUCGCACCGCUCACAACAACGAUCACGCCAACCGCUCUAGCACCGCGGGCGACUUCUCUUAAUCAUGACGGCACACCACCCGUAGCCGCGCUGACUACGGUAUGGACGCCUUCCGAUGGCUGCUUUCCGGUUUCUACCCGUCCUACGACGGACAUCGAUAUGUUUUGGACUUCUAAUCCCGAAUGCGCUCCUCCUGGCUACGCUAGUUACUUCGAGACGUACUACUAUUCUCCCGCCAUAUGUCCCAGUGGGUUCACCGUUGGCUGUUCGCGAUACGGUAAUUUUCAAGGCCCAUCUGUCGAACCCACUGAAACAGCUGUUCUUUGCGUUAUGAGUGAUUAUUCAUGUACUCCCGAUGAAUGGAACUACUACGCAACUAACACCGACUUAUCGUAUGCACAAGUAAUGAUACAGAUACGUUGGGCGUCGAGUGACCUUUCUAUCUUAGAAACGCAUCCCUUGACGCCUGGCUUGACUUUGGCGGCAGGAACUUUGGGUGGCGAGACCGACGUAUCAGGGACCCAGUCAUCAUCUAGCACAACAGUGACAGGGCUAUCUGCAAAUCCGGAUAGCAACGGUGUCGGCUUGUCUGUUGGCGCUCAAGUUGGGAUCGGUGUCGGCGUGGGCCUGUUUUGUCUCUUAGGUCUUGGAUUAGCGAUCUUCUUUAUACUCAGGUACCGGAAGAAGCGUUCGAACGGACAGGCCGCCGGUCAGCCUCCACUCAUGCGGCAGCCUCCUCCGGGCCAAUAUCCAUUUCAUCAGUACCCUUAUAUGCCUGGUUCGGUACCUGCUGGACAACCGAUCCAAAGAUAUUCCCAGACUACCUAUCCCGGAUAUUCAACUUAUGUCGACCCUAAAACUGGUGCCGCAACUUAUUAUUCCGCGGUUCCCCAACCUACUGAGUUGGGGGGCACUGCUAUCAACGGACCAAACGCACCUAACAGCCAGGAAUUACCAUCCGUCCCAGGGUCACAGCCAACUCAACUUCGAAAUCCUACGUUUUCUAACGGCCAACCAAUGCCGGUGCACUCGGGUUCCAAUAGCAAUCCUCCUACCAGCCACUACGAAGCUGCCGGUGAGCUAGCAGUAGCCGAGAUGCCUGGGAAUGAGAGACUUGCGCAAUCUAUAGGAAGUACCGACAAGCCGCAAGUGCAACAGGAAAUGGCACAUCUAAUGGCUGAACAAGCGAAAUUGGAUGCCAGAAGAACUCGACUAAUGGAAUUGGCGGACUUAGACGAAGAGGAACAACGGAUACGAACAAGAAUGCAAGUGCUCGGACAGGCACAACGAUGAACCGCCCUAGCCUCCAGACAUGAUCGGGUUACAGUAGUCAUCUCAUGUUAUAAGAAUUAUUUAAGCGUUAUAGAAAGAAUAAUGGGGAGCAUAAUACCCGGUUAGAUGUCUCCAUCUUUCCAAUUAUCUGUUAAUACUACUCAAACGAACAUUAAUAGGGGAUACGCGUGAUGUCCUAGUCAGUGCAGUUUGCCUCGCAUUGGAAUGUUUGGCAUUAAGCAAAAUUCGGAAUACCCGCGGCUCAUAUUGGCCGAACCGAAGGUUAGAAUUCAAGAAAAAGGAUGCGAACGUUGAGCGGGAGAUGAUAAAAAUAAAUUUGAAUAUUUAGCGGCAAUCCCUGCCAAUAUUUAUAGAAGAAUAUAGAAGAAACUACCGUUGUUCUUCAGUUCAAGGGUUUAUAUUCAUGUCAGCAUAUAUCUUCGUAG